UUCGCCGUUCAUGUUGUACAUUUGUCUUAACAUUGGCUUCGCGGUUCGCUGUUUUUUUUUCUUUCUUGUAUCCAUAAAUUUUUAUGUGCAGUACGUGCUAAAUAGAAACAUAUAGCUCGCGUUUUUUGUUUUCCACCUCGUUGAUUUUGACUCAGACUUUUAGUGUUAAAAAAGAAAUUGUUCUUCGAUACAGAUAGAGAGAGAGAGAGAGGAGAAAAACCAUUAAACUUUUAAAUAACCAAAUUUUGUUACAAUCACAAAAAAAACUUGUGUUAAAUAUCACAGCAUACGACAAUUGUUUUAUAUACACAUCUCCACCGAUCAUCUGGAUUAUAUGGACUAAAUAUUGUGUACACAUUGCCGACAUGGGAUGUAACAUCUUUAUUAUGAACCGGUAAUCAGCUCAGCUUUAGAGAAGAUAAUGGUUAACAGAAGUGUUCUCAUCAACAACCACAAUUUAAACGUUGGAGUGUAAAAAAAAGUUGCUUUUUCUUCUCUUCCACUCUUAAACCAUAAAGUUAAACUCAUGGAAGUGUGAAUGAUGGAUCUGUAUACACCGAAAGUAAAUUAAUCAAUUUGUAAAUAAAUAAAAGCGAGGCAUCAACAACAAUUUAAUAAAUCAAAGAGCAUUUUCGAAUCCACUAUACACACACACGUUACUUGACUAUUUUAUGGUAUGUGGAUUGUGUGUUAGAUGUAAAAUCCAUGUUGACGCAUGAAUGACCGUUAACACUCGAAACCAUUCAGUUCGAGUACGAGAAAUGCUUGCCAAUUGAGAUUUCGGUGGAAGAUGAGCAGACAAAACUUUUUUUUCAUGUUUCCAAUUGUGAAUUGAGUGAUCUUCGUUAUACGAAAAAUUAUUUACGAAAAAAAUUAAAAACAAAUUAAACACCUCAUUUGGUAUUACAACCGCAGAACCGUUAGAUUAUUUCGUUGAUUGUAUGAACUCAUCAUUUAAUAAAUAAUACCAAAAAGUGAUCGAAUGAACUGUUGGCAUGACACGCGUGUUAUUUAACAAUAAUUAAAAAUUCAAAAAAAAAAACAUUUUUUUCGCCUUAUAUUCUGAGUGACUCACUAGUUCAAUAAAAACCUUAUAAUUGAUUGGCUGGAUGAUUGGUCGAAUGCAGGAUGAUUUUAUUCCGUCAAAAUGGUAACGUGCAAUAUCGAUUCGAAUGCAAAAAUGAAUAGACAACGACGAGGUAGAACAUCUAGCAAUUCAUCGGGAUUCCGUUUGCUGGACGAUCAAUGUGACACCGUUUCGAGUGUCAGCCGAAAUUCCAUUUACAAGCAGAAAAUCGAUUCAAUGUUUGACGACUCAAGGUCGAUAAUAAGCCAACACCUCGAUGACCGAAAUUCCGUACGUUCCGAUCGAAAGAGCAAUUCGAAUCGGGGCAGUUCAGUUCGAUCAUCACGAUACAACUACAGAAGCCAGCUGCAAAAUGUUAUCGAAGACGAUGUUCAACGAGUUAGCAAUACUGUUCAAGCUCAAAUUGAACGAAUGUUCACCGAUGUUGUCAAGGAUACGACGUCGUGCAGUUUUCCGGUAAAAUGUUUGGGCUCACUACCACUGCGCGACAAAGUCACAAGUUUGGUUGGUUUGCAGGAGCCACUGCGAAAAUUGUAUUUAAGCGGUGCUGGACAUGGCGUUCAGAAUGCGGGUACCUUGGAUAUAUGUGCAAGUGGCAUGCGCGUAAAGUUGAGUAACAGUCAAGACAUGCAAAUGACUCCUUUUCAUCACAUUGCUGUGUGGUCAGCUGUUAAAUUUAUCGUCUCUGCUGCUGAAGGUGGUGCUGCAUUUUUGCCACUUAUUACCGAUCCGGAAAACAUUGAUAAAAGUUCCCUGUUCAGUCCGUUGAGUGCCGCCGACAGACGAAGAUUAUCCUCCAGUCUGCAUGCACCGAUUUUUGCUGUGGUAAUGCGUUCAAUAAAGGUUCAACGCCAGCUGGAGUGUCAUGCGUACGUUUGCCAAACGCCAGAAGAUGCAAUUGUGAUAGCUGCAACUUUGUAUCAAAGUUUAAUGGCCCAUAUGGGCAAUAGUCAGAAUCAAAAGCCUCGUAAGCCUCGUAAUCAGAAUGGCGUUAGUUGCAUUAGCAUCGCAAGUAGCUCCGUGACCAAUGGCCGUUACAAUGAGAGUUUAUCGAAAAUCAUUCAAAAUAAGCUCGAAGUGCCCAGACACAAACCGCCACCAGUGCCAUCGAGGCCACCACGCAAAAAACGAAGCGCUACGAGCUCGUUAAGUGGUGAAAGUGAUGUGAUAAGGGAAGCCCAUAUUCAGACCUCGACCGAUGAACGAAAGAAAAAAAGCCAUAAAACGAGACGUGCACCGCCAGUACCUGGCACACAGCAGAAAGACCAAGCAGUGGGUGAUAUUUUGACAAGGGUUGCAAUUCCACGGUCCGGAAGUUUCCUAAACACAAGUGGCCUAACUCGCUACAAGUCCAGAGCAACUCGACGACCGUCGAAACCAGGCGGAGGUGGAGGUAGAUCGCCGCUGGGUUUCAGUGAACUGUUCAACGAAUUCCGUUUGCAGGAGAAUCUCCAUUCGCUGGACGAUAUUCUGAACGCUAUAAUCAAUUCGGAUGGCAUGUCCUUCAAUGACCUGAAACCGAUCUACAAGGAAUUUCUGCUGAAACUCGCUGUGACUCUGACAAAGGACGAACUAUAUCAGAGAUCAAAAAGCAUAAUGCGUCGACAGAAGAAGAAGAAGUUGCGACGCAAGAAAAGUAUGGCGCUGACGCAUCGCAAGGGAUUGAUCUUGGGCUCGAAGUCGCUAAAGAAAGUUUUUAGUAAAUUUCGGAGCAAAAAUGUUCCCGCCAAAUAUUCGAAAAACUUAGGCGACAAUUUGAGUAAAAACAACAAAAUCGAUCACACCGGCACUAGUAGCUCAGAUGUAUCCGAACCUCGCCUGGAACAUACACUGAAUCAACAGAACCGAAACAGCUCUAGCGGAUACGUGUCUUGCUCUGAAUGCAGUUACGAUUCAGAAGCUUGUACAUGCACAUCAGCUGAUCGGUGCUACUGUAGCCUGGGCGCUGACCACGAGAACGUUAAUUCAAAAUUGGCCAAGCCAACUAAUCGAGACUCACUGUUUUCAUGCAAUACGGAGGACAAAUGUUAUUGCUCAAUCAGCGAAAGUAAUUGCAACGAAUCGGAUACGACGUGGUGCGAUUCGGACAGUUGCAUCAGUGCGAGUAAAUGUUAUUGCAAGGGCCACAAAGAUGUAACGAUUCGUCGGCUUGCGUACAAAAAGGACAAUUUGGCACUGGAUUACGAACUGUUUACGGUCGGUGGAGGUGGUGGUAAGCAUGUGGAGGCGCACGAAGCGUUAAGUGUUAAGAAAAGUGUAGAGAUGGCAGCACUUUUCGCAGAUGUUCGACUGAGUCAAACUACAGACAUAACUAAUAUGGUGAAAAAUCACAACAAUCGGAAGAAAUGCGAGAAGGUGGCGAACAAGAAGGGUAGUGUUAAGUCGAAUAGCUCGGAAGUUGUGCUACGGAAGAAGAACGUUGAGCACUUCAACAAAUUUGGUAAAAAUGAGGAAAUUUAUCAAGCUCUACCGAGACCGGUUAGCGCAACGCUAGAGGAUUCGUUAGGAUAUUUGCCAUAAAUUUUUCAUUUUUCGUCAGACGAAUUCGGAGUGACAGAAACGGUUCUCAAUAACCGAAUCUCUGUGACUGUUCAGGCUCGCAGAGACGAAGCAGAUAGUUAAGGAGCUGCAGUUACAUUUUAGAAAUAAUUUACUUAGAGUUACGUCAUAGUGUAGGCUGCCUUGGUAAUAAUGUCAGGGCAGCAUUCAUUGACUGGUUUUAUGUAGAAAGAGUUGACUUUGCGCAAGAGACAGCUCACUCGUUCCACCAUCUGUGAAAUGUGUCGACUUCAGGAUUAUUACGAAAUCAAGUAAUUGAUUCCACAAAUUCCACAGUCAAACAAAUUCACACGUGUGAACUUACUCCGCGCACUCGCACCGCUUAGUUCUCUGUUUACACAUAACAGUCCCUUCAAACAAUGGGAAAGAUAUUUUUAUCGUUUCCACAAACCACGGCAGAGUAAAAGUUAACCUGACAGGAGCGGUUCAUUAUUGAAACGUCAAAGGAGGGACCUAAUGCGCUCCUGCCUGGGUUACUUUUACUCUGCCGUGCACAAACUGGUCAAGUAAACGGCGUAGGUGCGUGGAGGCCUUUAACCUAAGUAUCUUGCUGAGAGAAUUAAUUCUUUACAAAUUUCGAAAUCAGUUUGAGCGGAAAGCUUUCUAAUCCUUCUAUAGAUCACAUAAAAUACGAAACUUUCAUUUUCGGUCAAACUCACCCGGUAAUCUCGUUCGUCCUAUUUAUUUGGAUUUAUUGUCAACGUUCGAAUCAGGAGCAAGAAAAUCGUUCAAUUCAAAUACAUUCUCUACGUCCUUGGUACAUGUUCUUUUUUCCAAACCCUCUGCAUUGUGGUGAUCUGACGUUCUCGGUAGAGUUUACAGUGAACCCUUUCCCCUUUCGCGAAAAUAUAAAUUUUUAUUGGUUAUGGGACCGUCAGUUUUUAUAAUGGGAAUAUUUUCUAUUUUUUUUGGGGUCAGGUGAUUGGAUAGAUGUUAAGACUUUAAAUUUGUAAGAUUUUAUGUCGAUCGAUAUUAAGACAAAGACUUAAAGUUAACUGUGCAAUAUUUUUGAAAAGCUGUGUAAUUUAUCAUACAAAUAAAUAUAUUU